AUGGAGGUCGAAUAUGGGGUUAAGGUGGUCCGGCCAGCACAGGAACUAUCCUACGACUCCCUCGAGACGGAGACCGCCUUCGUCCUCCUCAUCCAUCUCCCAGGUCCAACCUUCCUCCGUUUCCCUCCCCCCAGAGUCUUUCUUGUGGUUUAUGUUCCAUGAUCUCUGUUCGCAGGUGAGGAGAGAGACAGGAUCGAGAUAGAGGUGAACGAGGGACGAAGGGAGCUGAUCAUCAGCGGGGGAGGAAGGGAGUCGACGCAGGAGCACGCGAUCACCAGGCGGGUGAGGCUGCGCAGGGAGGAGGAGAUUGGGAGGUUCCGUAAGGUUUUCAGCAUCCCGGAGGACGUGGACCUGCGAGGGAUCGAGGCAGAGUUCGACGAAGUCGAAGAAAUCCUGCUCGUGCACCUCCCCAGGACCCGUGGAGCCGUCGCCGGAGCAAGAAUAGAAGAGAGGGUCCAGGAGGAGAAGGCGGCGGAGGAGGAGGAGGAGGAACAGAUCUCGCCGGCGGCGGUUCCCGAUGAACCCCCGCAGCAGCCGGUGGAAACCCAGGGAGAAGAAGAAACCCUGAUUCCAACGGAAACAGAAGAAGAAGAGGUGGCUAUCGAACAAGGAAAAGAGGAUCACCGUGAGGAGGCAGAUCCGACGCCGCCGUCGCCGCUGCCUGGCCACGGGGAGCAGCCUCCAUUUUCAGAACCUCCACCUGAACCCGACCAAGCUCCGCCAGCGGAGAACCCAGAGGCUGAGCCCUCCUCCGAGCUAAUGCCCAUUCUGCAGCCUGAACACCGAGACCCGGAGACCGAGCCAACUCCGAUUGCGACGUACCCUGAACCAGACCCCGAGCACCAUGCAACACGGCCGUUGGAACGGCCAGAGCCAGAGCCCCAGCAUGAGCCUGAUCUCGCCCCGCCGCCGGAGAACCCAGAACUACCUCCUGAGCCAGAACCGCAGGCCGACAUUGAUCUGACACCGGCGCAAAUUGACGUAUCUGGUUGCGAAGAAACGCCGGAAGAAGCGGCGGAGCCAGCGGUGACUGGAAAUGAAGAGGCUGGCGGGGGGAGCGAACCAGACGGAGAUGAGGAGCAGUCGCCGGAGAUGGGCGAAGAAGACGACGGGGCGGCGGCAUGGACGACGAGUGGGAAUCGGCGGCGGCGGCGGCGGCGGGGCCUCCUUCCUCUCUGCACACCGCUGCUGUUGGGAGGUUCGGCGUUGUUCUUCACCAUCGUAACGCUCACCUUCCAUAUUCUCAGGACCAGAAGCAGAAAGAGAGCCAGAUGA